CCAGGCAUCAUCAGGCACAAAGGCGCGUCCGUUCGGUCCUGUUACUGUCAGUUGAUCUCCGCGUCCUUCACACACUGCUCCCCUUACUCCUCCUUCGUCCAUUCCGCCUUCUGACCAUCGCAGCGGCGCGCCAUACCAUUGACCACUAGCAUUCACUGCCGGAGUUUUUCGCUCCAUCUCUACUGUCGUUGCGCAGUAAGACAACGCGCGUCAAACACCACGAUCGAUCAAACAACUUUCGUCGCGUUACCGUAGAUUCCGCAAGAACCCCGCGUUCAAGUACUAUUUCCCCGAUGCGCAUGGCUUGAAUCCACGAGUUCUCAUCAUCCAAUUACCGAUUAACGAUAAAGAACCUCGAAAUGGAGGUCGAAUCGCGCCCCUCGUCCCCGCAACCGGGGUCAACCCAGGACACCGCAUCGACUGCAGGAGAUAGAAGAAAAUCCGGUCGGGCGACGCGCAAACCCGAAUUAUUCUCGCAAACCCAUGGCGAUAGCAACGGUGCGACCGCGGGCGGCGCCAAACGAAAGCGCACCACCACCGGGGACGAGAACGAAGAUAAUGUUGAGGACGCCGAAGACCUCUCGGAGAGCGAGGACGACGACGAAGAGGAUGAGCCCGACGAGGAGGAAUUGCGAGAACAGAGACGUGCGGCACGCAAAGCAUCCGCUAAGAAAGCGUCGUCAGGGACAAAAUCGAAGCCCAAAUCCCAGGGGUCUCGAAGUGCGAAGAAGCCCAAAGUAACUGGAAACGGCGUUGCGAACCAGCUAGCUUUUCGGCCGGCUACAAAUGGAGGAAAGCCCCCGUCGCGGCCUAGGAAGCCGAAGGUGCGACCUAGUUUGGUUGCUGGUGAGAGCGGUCUUUAUGCGGAGGUCUUUGGCAAAUCGCGAAACGCCGAAACGGUCGCUGCCGAAUGGCUCACCCGGUACCAGCAAGGUCAGACGGCUGCGAUGCGCGAUCUUAUCAACUUGAUCUUCAAAUCCUCAGGAACCGACCUCGAAGUCACGGUCGAAGAUAUCGAAGAUGUUGAUCAUGUAGCGGAGCGCGUCGCAGAUUUUCAGAACCAAUAUCAUGCGCAGGGCAUUUCCGAGUACCCCCUCAUCUCGAAGUCACGGACGUUCAGGUCUUUUCAGCCAGCCCUUGAAGAGUUCUUUGUAGCGCUCAUUCAAACCUUGCAUCACUCUUCAGUGCUGUAUGAUGACCGAGUUCUUUACGAAAAUCUUCAGUCCUGGCUAUCUUCCAUUUCCUCUUCAGGCUGCCGACCUUUCAGGCAUACUGCAACCGUUGCUGCGCUGUCGAACAUGAAUGCUCUUUGCGAUAUUGCCCGGGAGGUGAUCACUUCCGUCUCGACUUUUCGCAAACAGCUCGAAACCGAGAAGAAAAAGAAGACCGUCAACAAAGGAAGGAUUGACGCUAUCAAGUCGUCAAUUGAAGAGGGCAACAACAAGUUGGAAGUGAUAGAUGAUCUCCUGAAAGACGGAGUGAACGUUGUCUUCGUCAACCGCUACAGAGAUGUCGACCCUAAAAUCCGUGCGGAAAGUAUAGCGGCUCUGGGAAGGUGGAUGCACAGCUACAGAGAAUACUUUUUUGAAGGCCAAUUUCUUCGAUACUGCGGCUGGAUCAUAUCGGACACGGAUGUCCAUACGCGCUCAAUCGCCUUGCGGCAGCUUCUGAAUAUAUACUCGAAUAAGGACAAUAUCGCUGGCGUUCGGUCCUUCACCGAACGUUUCCGAAACCGAUUCGUCGAAAUAGCUGCCCACGAUACCGACGUGGGGAUGCGUACCAUGGCGAUUGAGCUGCUCGACUUGAUUCGAGAUGCUGGGCUCAUCGAGCCCGCUGAUGUUGAUACUGUCGGGAAACUCAUCUUCGAUUCAGAGGCGCGUGUGCGCAAGGCAGCGGGCCCCUUCUUUGUUGCAAAUGUCCAGGAUGUUUUCGACUCAGUGGUUGAGGAGGUUUCGGAUGAGGUUAACGAGAUGUUCGGUGACGAGGAUGAAGAUGAUUUCGAAUCCCCGAAGCGCGCCUGGAUCAAGUUCAAGUGCCUCGCAGACAUCCUUCAGGCUUACGACAUUCCCAAGGACGAGUCGACACCCGAACCGAGCUUAAAGUCAAGAGAUGCACUUUCAGGUAUCUCAUUAGACUCGCGAUUUGUCUUGGCCACAGAGGCCAUCUAUCCACACUUUGGCGAGUUGACCAACUGGCAGUCUCUGGCUGGUUAUUUACUUUUCGAUCAUUCCCAGAUCUCCGAUGACGACGAUGACGAUUCCAACGGAGAGGUCAAGAAAUUGUACAAGAUGCAAGAAGGCCAAGAGGUCAUCCUUUUAGAGGUGUUAUGCUGCGCUGUCAAACUUCGUAUUCUCGAUGUUGCCAAGUCAGACAUCGAUAAGAGAGGGCGCAAGGUCAAGGCCUUAACGGAUAGGAUCCCGGAGCUUCAGGAGGAAAUCGCCCAUGGUCUUGCACAGAUCAUUCCUCAGCUGUUGAACAAAUUCGGUUCCACGCCCGAAGCCGCCUCGGCGGUUCUACGCCUGGAGCAUCUUGUGGAUCUUGACAAGAUCCAGGACCUCCAGAAAGACGCGACAGCCUACACAUCGUUGCUCAACGAUAUCAACAAACAGUUCCUGUCACAUUCUGACCAGGAUGUCCUGGCCGAGGCUAGCGUUGCUUUUCUGCACGCAAAGAGCUCCGACGACAUGCGCGAGGCCUUGGAGAGCAAAAUCCAAGAGCUCUGGGACGACAUGGUGGAGACUCUCAACAGACUCUCGCAGCAAAAGGAAGUUGCAAGUGAGGAUCCGAUACCGUCUUCCGUUUUGACCGAGCUCAACAAUACCGUCACAAGAAUAUCCAACCUCUCCAGUGUAACGGAUUGCACACAGAUUUUAGAAACACCGCUCGUUAUCCGGUCCAAGGGCAGGAAACAGAAGGAAUCAGAAGCCCCAUUCAACUUUGUUCUGCGUUUGGUGCAAAGAGGCAUUCGCAAAGACCUUGCAUCUGAUUCUGAUGACGAGGAGGAUUCAGCUAGGGCAGAGGUCGAAGUUGUAGUCAACAGCAUCCGAACGCUUUUGUUCUACUUUAUGUGGAAAGUACAGAACCUACGCGCAGCUUUGGCAGCCGGAAAAGCGAAAUUCAACACCGCCUACUUUGAGGCGUUAACCAAGAGCCGUGAAUUGUUUGUUGAGGCUCUAGUCUCAAUAAUCAGCGAGCGCUCUGGGCUAGACGAUGUCCGUUUCUCUGCCACCACCACGCUCCUAGAUCUUCAGACGCUAUUUGGCACAUUCCGAAAUUCUGGACUCAACGCGAACAAUGACGAAGACACCAUCUUCCAGGCCCAGAGCCUAGUACAUGAGAUCGAUACUGACGUCCAGGACCUUAUCACGAAGGUUCACGGAAUAGCCCUACGAACAUAUGCAAAGAAACUACGUGUACCAUUCGAACCCGCAGAGGAUGAUGCUCCUGCUUCCGACUCCGAACUUGAGAGGGAGCCCGAUGACGAUGAGGACGAAGAUGACAACGAAGUGCUCCACAACGAGCGCCUACGAUCCAAGAUUAUUGCAGAACAACGGUUAUGCGAGCUGACAGGAAAGAUCGUGCUGGCCAUUAUCGGGCGUAUCCUCGACUCUGGAUCAGACAGCGGCCAGUUGAAGAAGAAACUGCUGAAACAUAGAACUCAACUUGGGCCCAACUAUCGUGAGGUUCUUGUUUUCUUAGAAGACCGAGCGGCCAAACGUGCCACUCCAUCUAAAGGCAAGAAGUCCGCCGUCAAGGGAGCUGGAGCAACUGCAGGCAAGCGUCCGGAGCAGACCAAGUCAACUGAGCGAAUCGACGACGACGAGGAAGAAGAGGACGAGCACAUCAGCGACGAAGAACUUGAAGAGAACCCCUUUGACAUCGACAAGGACAAUGACGAGGACGAAGGCCAAACAGCACCUGAACCAGAUGAAGAUGAAAUCAUGGGCGAUUGAUCUUCUUUUCUUUGCUCUUCUGCGAUCUUGCGGACAACGGCGGUCAACCACACUAAUAAUGAUCUGUUUUUAUUUAUAUGCGAUUUUACUGGCGCGGCUUAGCUUAGGCUUUGAUUUCAUCUCGUCUCUUUGUUCUGCCGGCACUUACCCCGGUUCUUCUUCAUUAAUUCCAUUGUAUCUUUUCAUGUACAUUGUAAUGACUUACGUUUCCCCAGCUUUCCUAUCUCUCGAGAUUAGGUCUAUUCUGAUGAUUUUUACUUUCUCCUCCAAGGCUGGAAUCAAAUCUGCCUCGCGGCCCGCAAGGCUUCAGGCUCCAGAGCCCCGGCCGCCAAGACGCGUGAAGGAUGCUGUUCAUAUCCAGGGUAGAUAGCCGAGCAGCACCCUCCCGAGCCCCAUGACCUGCCACCAACCACUGCCGGCGACGAGAGCCAGGGAGGGUUGUAUUUGGAGGCUCAGGCUUCAGUCUGCAUGCUGUGCUGACUGGCGCCAUGACUCAAGACACGAGAUGCUGCCCCGGACUGCAAAUCUGGUUGGAGAGACCAGGGGCAGUGCUGCCUCUGUUGAGGCUCAUUUUUCCUCAACUUUUUCGGGCUGC